CCUUUGACCAAACGCUUUUGUUUCUACACGGUAAGCAUUUUCGCUACUAUUGACGGCAUAAUGGCGAGACAUCUUCGCUUCGUUGCUCGGACUAUAAUGGUUCGAGAUGGGAACUUGGAUGAGGCUUACAAACAUCUCAAUAGGGUCCUCACCCAAGACGGGAUCAUUGAGACGGUGAAACGCAAGCGCUACUAUGAGAAGCCCUGCAUUGAGCGUCGGCGAAAGAGCUAUGAGAAGUGUAAGCGUAUCUACGAUACUGAAAUGGCCAGGAAAAUUGCUUUCAUCUCCAGGACAAACCGAAUGGAUCCUUGGCUUGGUUCUUAGUUGUUGUGAUGAGGACUUUCACUAUGGAACGGUUGCUGCAAGAUGGGGAGAGAAAAAAGGAAACUCAGCUCAAUAUUUUCAUCACCAAGUGAAAAGACAGAAAGGAUGCAGUUUUUCUCGUCUUUUUUUUUUUGUCAUGCCACAAACAUUUGUGUGAAACAUUUAUGUGCUUGUCGAAAAUAGAUUCUUGCUUCAUAUUUUGUGUAUCCAUAAUGUAUGUACAACAUUUUGCGCAGUAAAAAUGCUGGUCAUAAAAAGAUUAUCGAAAAUGUUUGAUUGCUAUUUGAUACCAAACUGUCAACUAAUUUUUACAGCAUUAUUGAUAUUUUAAGUAAAUAAUUUUACGGAAGUUAAAGCUGCCUCUAUUUUAUUGGGUGGGUUAUUGAGAAAAUCCAUGUGAACACAAGAGGAUUCCUCCCCGACAAUAACAUUAUACAGUACUUCACACUACUGCUGUUUGAGAGAUUGAAAUAGAGCUGUAGCUAUCGGUUAUUUUAGUAGUCGAUUAAUCUAUCAACUAGUUAGUUCAAAUAAUCGAGUAAUUGGAUUAGAAACAUUUAAUGCGUUGCAGAAUAAAUGUUAGGAAAUGUAAAACAAAGGCUUGCUAAGAUUGCACUUUCAAAACAGCAUUAAGUGCGGAUACAAAAUAAAAUUCCCGAGUGUUUCUCCAAUCUAUGCAGAAUUGCACUUUCAUUUAAAAAUAACUACCUUAGUUUAGCCUCAAACUGUAUUAAAAAAGUGCGCUAGGUUAAAUGCAAUAAUUUUUUUUUUUUUUUUUUUUUACAAUGCUCUUAACAAAUCGUUCAAACACAAUACCACAAAAAUGGCAAAAUGUACCUGUAAACUAAAUUAUGACUGCAUAAAAAAAACCUAGCUCAAACAAAAACUUACCUUAUGUUGGUCUUAACAAGGAGCAGCUGGAGUCAGCCAUGUGAAAUGAAUUAUGUCAUAUUUACUGUUAGCACUAGAGGGCAGUGUAUCCACCCAAUCAAUAAAGCUAAAUACAAACUUUGAAAACAAACUAUUACAACGCCACUCUUAAUUAAACGAAUACUCGAAGCAGCAAAAUUUAAUACGAUGCUUUAUUUCUAAUAGAAUUACUCAAAUUAAUCGAUUAAUCGUUGCA